AUGACGGACUCACAAGAUUCUUCUUCAAGUUUAACAGAUGUUGAAAAUGAAGAUAAUGAAGUUUUGAAUGAUGAAGAAGUGGACGACGAUGAGGAAAAUCGCCAAUACACUGCUCGAGAUAAUGCUGAUGAUGAAUUUGUACUGUUUUCUGCUCGUAUACCGUUGAAAGAAAAUACACCACCGAGUGAUUUACAAGCAACUCACGUGAAUCAUUAUCAUGAUUUAGAACGUGUACAUGAAAAAUCAAAAGAUUUUUCUCUUACUCGACCAUCAACAAAUUGGUUAGCGUCAAAUGGUUUGCCAGCAUUGAAUUUAACACUGAAAGAUUUGUUAGAUAAAGGUCAGAUAUCGCGACCAGUGGGUGAUAAAACUGGUCGCGCUGUUCAACACAUUACAUUCGACGCGUUAACAAUCAAUGAUUUUGAAUGUCGUUUACAUACAGCAAUAGAAACAUUAUCAAACCGUAUCAAAUGGUUAUUACAAAAUAGUCGAAAAAUAUUCGGUGUUGUUCAAGGUUCAAAAACGCUUGUCGUAUUGGAUUUUAGUCAGAGUAACGCAAGUUUUGGUCGAGGAGAAGAAUAUCGGAAAAAUUUGCUACAAUUAAUUGAUGAGCAACUAAGUAAAAAACAACAACUGGGGUUUCUUGCCUAUGGUACAGAGGUAGAUGCAUUAUGGAAAGGUUUAAGAGAUGUAAAUGCAAGAUCAUUAGAUGAAUUAAGAAUGUGGAUAGCCGCACUCCAUGACUCAUUUGGUUGUAGUGAAAAUUGUACACAUAUGGAAACGACGUGUGAUAGAUCUACCGGGAAAAAAUGUGCUUUUAAAUCAAAUGGUGGAACACUCCGUCGUGUCGAAAUGAUUUCUGACUAUGACACGUUAUUAUUAAUAGUUGGCUCUUUACCAGAUCAAAAUAUUGAUAUUAUUGCCGAUUUUACAGCGCAAAUCAUUACUGGUUUAGAUAAGCCUCGUUUACACGCUGUCUCAUACGAUUGCAACCAUCAUCUGGUUAGUUCACUUUUGAAAACAAUCACAUCACCAGCAGAAAAAAGUGCUAUUGUGAAACCAACAAAUUUAACUACCACAAAUAAUACUAGUUUGACUCAAAUUGAGAAUAACGAUUUAUUAGAAGCAAGACAUACAUAUCAUUGUUAUUCUCGCGAUGAACCACAUCAAAUAUAUGCGAGUACAGAUAUUCGAUUACUUGUUCAAGAAAUUCAGCGUGCACACGAGUUGUUGCAACGUAUAAAUGAAAUGCGUCGUGGUGCACUUGGUUCAGCGUUAAUUAGCAUUGAAAACGAAUUAACGUUAGAAAUAGCACGAUAUCCACAAUCAAAGUUUUUACCAAGACCACCAAAUCAUGAGCAAGCGUUGAGAUUUCCUCAAUCUUAUAUUACUGCCUCACCGAUAUUAUAUAGUAAACAACGAGGUUCAUCGGGUCAUAGUAAUUCUGGCAGUGGUAAACAAUAUCAAUCACCUACUCGUGAGCGAUCGAAUGAACGACAAGCAAAAUCAGUUGUUCGUUUUAACGAUAGUGUGAGUGUUGCUGAGAUACAAUCCACAGCUGAGACAACUACUCGUCGUCGCUCCCAUGCGUCUACUAUUAGUCAAUUUUCUUCACAUAAAUCAGUUGCUACAACUGUAAAACAACGAAAGCAAAUUGCACAAAUGCCCGCGAUGCCAAGCAAUAAUCCUGUCAUUUAUCGUACUUCAGCUGAUUGGUUAAGACAACAUGGUUUAUUAGCAAAAAAAUUAACAUUAUUUCAAGUAUUGGCACCCAAUGCAUACUCAACAUGUGAAGAUUUUAUCCCAAUUUUAGGCAAAACCGUUCAAUCACAAGUGCUUGAACGGGCCAUGGUGCCCGUUGACUGGCACGAUGGUACUGUAAAAAAUGUUCAUGUCGAUUUAUCUGGUCUUUAUGAAUAUCAAAAACGAUUAAAAGCUAUUGUUGAAUUAUAUGAACAUCGUAUUGAGUGGUUAUGUUCAUCAUCGCGAAAAAUAUUUGGUACAAUUGUAGAAAAUAAUGUUAUAUUAUUAGUUGAUUGUUCUUUAGCAAAUAGAGAUUAUAUAAUUCAUAUACAACAUUCAUUACGUAUUCUACUUGAACAACAAAUGUUUGGUAGAUCUUUUUUUAAUAUAAUUGCAUUUGGUUGUGAUUAUGAAGAUCGUAAACAAACGAAUCGAAGUGGUUUUAUACGAUAUAAACCGACAAUGGUUCAACCAACAAUUGAAAAUUUACAAAAUGCAUGGGAAUGGGUAUUGAAACUAAAUUGUACGGGAACAAGAAAUUUAUUGUGUGCAUUGAGAUCAAUCUAUGAAAAUGAAGAAGAGAGAAAACAUGGUUUGUAUCCUGAUGGCAUAUAUCUGUUAACAAGUGGUGUACCCGAUCAACCGUUGGAUGUUUGUUGUGCCUAUGUAGAAGAGUCAAAUGUAGGAAAAUCCAUAUCAUUACAUACCAUUUUGUUUAAUAUCGAUGAUUAUAUUGAAACAUCAAAUAAUUUGGAAUCAACAUGUUUUCCAGGACGUUGGGCUACGGCUACAAAAACAGCUGAAUUUAUGAGAGCUUUGGCUAAAUGUUCUGGUGGACGAUUUUUAUGGUUUCGUGAGACAGGUAUUAUUGAAAGUGAUGAUUUAAAAUUAUUACAAAAUGAAAUUGAAAAAGCUUGCCAAUAUUCGGAGCAAGCAGCAAAUCUCGUUGAUAUUAUCAAAUCAAAAAGGCGAUUAAAAAAUGAUAAUAAUAAUAGUAUUGAACAAAAAUCCAAUGAUGAUGAUGUAGCAAAAAAAUUUAGCAAUGGACCACUGGUAGUAAGACAAACAGCAUUGAGUGCAGCUCGACAACAGUUACAUGACAAUAAUAUUGGUAACGAAGAUAAUAUGAAAAUUUUACCUUGGCGACCUACAAAUACGACAAAUCGAAGUUUAAUACCCGAAUGGCCGGAUGAGAAUUAUCGUUUAAAAGAAGAAAAUUCAUUUAAUUCAACACCAAAUCCGAAACGAAAUAAAUCUCGAUCAGAUAUUUUAUCAUCAAAACAAGAAUCAUUUUAUGUUGAUGGACAAACAAAUGCAAAAUUUAGCAUAAUGAAAAAUGAUUCUACAGCAUCAUCCACAUCAAAUACGAAGAAAUCAAAAUCUGUAAGAAAAUAUUGUCCAAGUAAUCUACUUCUUAUACCGUCAAGUGAUGAAAAUGAAACAACUCAUUCUUGGCUAAGAAAAUAUUCGCUCGCUCGUUUAAAACUUGAUCUACACAAAAUGGUUUCUGGUCCAGAAUGUCGACAUGAUACAAUAGCUGUGCCAAAUAUCAAAUUGACAUCAUCUGCUCGUUAUUGUGCUGUUUUUCCGAGUAUUAAUCUAAAAGGAAGUAUUAGACAUUUACAAUUGCGUCCAAGAGAAUUAGAUGAUUAUCGUCAAAGAUGUGAAUAUGUAUUAAAACGUUAUUUUAAACGAAUGCAAUGGUUACUAAGUGGUAGUCGAUUAACAUUUUCCACUAUUGUUCAUAAGAAAAUAUUAUUUUUAAUUGAUACCAGUGGUUCCAUGGAGACAUGUAUUGAUCAUCUGAAAAAAGAAUUAGCCGCAUUAAUAUGGGAUCAAUUUUAUUCAGAACAAAUAGAAUUUAAUCUCAUACAAUUUUCUGACAAUUAUCAACAAUGGCGUGAUGGUGGAUUGUUGUUAGCUACUGAAGAAAAUUGUCAUGAUGCUGUAGCUUGGAUAAGUACGCUGAAACCAAGUGGUAAUACAUGUACAGAUCGUGUGUUAAAAUAUGUCUUUGAAUUCAAUAAUCAAUUUCCAAUUGAAGCUAUUUAUUAUGUAUCCGAUGGAAAACCUGAUCAUAGUACAAGUUAUGUUUUAGAACAAGUAAAAUUAAUGAAUACAAUUCCAAAAUCGGUGUCAAUUAAUGAAAAUAAUACGUUAACAAACACAAAGAAGAUAUCAAUAAAUACAAUAUCAUUCAAUUGCCAGGAUGUGGCCGCUAAUAAUUUUCUCAAAACACUUGCGCAUGAGAACAAUGGACGUUAUCAUCGUCUCACCAUUAAUUCAAGAGAUGUACAUUUAUUUAUUCAUCGUUUACAACAAGAUAAAACGUAUGAUUUAGAAAUGGAUUCGAGUCUAUUACCAGAAUUAGAUGGUGAUGAUCUUAAGAGAUUAUUAAAAGAAAUGGAAAAGGCACGACUCUUCUUGAAACAAGCGAUUACCUUUCGAUCAUUAUAUGAUCAACAACAAUUGCAAAAUGAAAAUACUUUGACAUCAUCAAGAAACGAAGAUUUAAUUGUUGGACCAGCACGCGUACCGUCAGAUGCAUGUUUUACUAAAAAGUCAUCAACAACAAAUCUACAAUCAUCAUUUAAAAAUUGA